AUGGGGGCUGUGGUGAUCCAGUGGCAGAAUUUUCACCUUCCAUGCAGGCGACCUGUGUUCGAUUUUCAGCUGAUGCACUUCAUUCACAGCUGCCUCUCAUCUGUCAGUGGAGUACAAAUCCAAGUGGAGGAAGAAGAAGAAGAUUCUGAGGAAAGCUCAAGUGAAGAGGAAGAGAAACUACCCCGAAGAGAAAGCUUGAGACCAAAGAGGAAACGGACCAGAGAUGUUAUAAAUGAGGAUGACCCAGAACCUGAACCAGAAGAUGAGGAAACAAGGAAGGCAAGAGAAAAGGAAAGGAGAAGGAGAUUGAAGAGAGGAGCAAAGAUCACCCACAUUGCCUUCCCUGCAUCUCCUGUGUGGGACAGUGGAGUAGGCCUGAACUUCAGACCUGAGUUUGAAUCUCAGAUCUUCGAGGAGUGGAAGCUAAAGAAAGAACUGUUUGUCAUGCUGGAAGCAAAACAAUUUGUAAAUGCAAAUGAAGGGGCUCUUGGGAAAGGAAAAGGAAAACAGUGGUUUGCAUUUAAGAUGAUGAUGGCCAAGAAAUGGGCAAAAUUUCUCCGCGAUUUUGAGAACUUCAAAGCUGCUUGUGUUCCGUGGGAAAAUAAAAUUAAGGCGAUUGAAAGUCAGUUUGGAUCAUCAGUGGCCUCCUAUUUCCUCUUCUUGAGAUGGAUGUAUGGAGUAAAUAUGGUUCUCUUUGUCCUGACGUUCAGCCUCAUCAUGUUGCCAGAGUACCUCUGGGGUUUGCCAUAUGGCAGUUUACCUAGGAAAACAGUUCCCAGAGCUGAAGAGGCAUCUGCAGCAAACUUUGGUGUGCUCUAUGACUUCAAUGGCUUGGCACAAUAUUCCGUCCUCUUCUAUGGCUAUUAUGACAAUCGACGAACGAUUGGAUGGAUGAAUUUCAGGUUGCCACUCUCCUAUUUUCUGGUGGGCAUUAUGUGCAUUGGAUACAGUUUUGUGGUUGUCCUCAAAGCGAUGACCCAAAAUAUUGGUGAAGAUGGGGGCGGUGAUGACAAUUUCAAAUUCAGCUGGAUGGUCUUCACGAGCUGGGACUACCUGAUUGGCAAUCCUGAAACAGCAGACAACAAAUUUAAUUCCAUCACAAUGAACUUUAAGGAAGCUAUCCUGGAAGAAAAAGCAGCUCAAGUAGAAGAAAACAUCCACUUGAUCAGAUUCCUGAGGUUUCUUGCUAACUUCUUCGUGUUUCUAACACUUGGCGCGAGUGGAUACCUCAUCUUUUGGGCUGUGAAGCGAUCCCAGGAAUUUGCGCAGCAAGAUCCUGACACCCUUGGGUGGUGGGAAAAAAAUGAAAUGAACAUGGUUAUGUCCCUUCUGGGGAUGUUCUGUCCAACUCUGUUUGACUUAUUUGCUGAAUUGGAAGACUAUCACCCCCUGAUUGCUUUGAAAUGGCUACUGGGACGCAUUUUUGCUCUUCUUUUAGGCAACUUGUAUGUGUUUAUUCUUGCCUUGAUGGAUGAGAUUAACAACAAGAUUGAAGAGGAGAAACUAGUAAAGGCCAACAUUACCCUCUGGGAAGCCAACAUGAUCAAGGCCUACAAUGCAUCACUCUCUGGAAAUAGCACUGGACCACCUUUUUCUGUUGAUCCAGCAGAUGUACCUCGAGGACCCUGCUGGGAAACAAUGGUGGGACAGGAAUUCGUGCGGCUGACCGUUUCUGAUGUUCUGACCACCUAUGUCACAAUCCUCAUUGGGGACUUUCUCAGGGCGUGUUUUGUCAGGUUUUGCAAUUAUUGCUGGUGCUGGGAUUUGGAAUAUGGAUAUCCCUCAUACACGGAAUUUGACAUCAGUGGCAAUGUCCUUGCUCUGAUCUUCAAUCAAGGCAUGAUCUGGAUGGGCUCCUUCUAUGCUCCCUGCCUCCCAGGCAUCAACAUUCUUCGACUCCACACAUCCAUGUAUUUCCAGUGCUGGGCUGUGAUGUGCUGCAAUGUUCCUGAGGCCAGGGUCUUCAAAUCUUCCAGAGGAAAUACUUUCUACCUGGGCAUGCUAUUGCUCAUCCUCUUCCUGUCCACCAUGCCUGUCCUGUACAUGAUCGUAUCCCUGCCGCCAUCUUUUGAUUGUGGCCCAUUCAGUGGCAAAAACCGGAUGUUUGAAGUCAUUGGAGAGACACUGGAGCAUGAUUUCCCCAGUUGGAUGGCGAAGAUCUUGAGACAGCUUUCCAACCCUGGACUGGUCAUUGCUGUCAUACUGGUGAUGGGUUUGACCAUCUAUUAUCUCAAUGCUACCGCCAAGGGCCAGAAGGCAGCAAAUCUGGAUCUAAAAAGGAAGAUGAAAAUGCAAGCUUUGGAGAAUAAAAUGCGAAACAAGAAAAUGGCGGCCGCACGAGCAGCUGCAGCUGCUGGUGGCCAGUAG